GGGAGUGAUUGAGUGAGCCGCUACAAGUCUAUCAUCUCGUUCAUUUCUUAUGAUUAGUGGGGGUGUCUGCCAGAAACGAUGUUUCAUCCUCACGAGGGCCAAGGUAAGUUUUUAAAAUGUAUAGAAAAUGUAGUAUUUAUAACAGAAAAAUGCUUUGGGUGAGUAGGACGCGUGCGGGUUGACUAUUAUUAAAGCACACACUGCAGACCAGAGUUAGAGGAACGGCCAUAUUUCAAAGGCUAGGAAAAGUAACCAUGUAUUUAUUUAACAGUGCCUAGACAACCAGUCUAUUUCUAUAGAAAUACGUCAGCUGUUGUAGACUACUCCAUAGUGCUGAGAGGUUAGUGCUUUUUGAGGUCGGUUCCGUUUUAGAUGAUAAAAAAAGAUAAAAUUGUUUUCGAUUUCAGUUUCGUUUUGAUUCUAUUUUUUGAAAAGUAGGCCUGCAUUAUGUGGGUUGAAUGCUGCAACCCUGAUGAAGACAGCUUGUCUGUCGAAACGUUGGUUAUUAGGUUAUGAAAUGAUUGCCACUGAGCUCUUAGAGGGUGCGGCCCUCCCUUUCUGUUUCAAGUGUUUUACUCAGUUAGCCAGCACCUCGCCUAAACAGGUGUGCGUUUCUUUCGCCUCCAUAUGGAAUGCUGUAACAAACAGAAUAAAACAACUAAUACAAGUGGUAGUGACUCCAUUACUGCUAUAAACUAGGUGGUUCGAUCCCUGAAUGCUGUGGUAUCUCAGACCUUUUACCACACGUAUGACAAAACAUUUAUUUCCACUGCUCUAAUUACGUUGGUAACCAGGUUAUAAUAGCAAAAAGGCUCCUCGGGGGUUUGUGAUACAGUAUAUGGCCAAUAUACCACGGCUAAGGGCUGUGUCCAGGUACUCCGCGUUUUGUCGUGCAUAGGAACAGCCCUUAGCCGUGGUAUAUUGGCCAUAUAUAAUGUUUUAUUUGAUUACUUUAUUUAAUUCCAAGUCAUCAUCUCAUCUCUAUUGAGCUGCUGCCUAUGUUGUCUGACAAAAUCACUAUUUUACUAUCAAUCACUUAGAUCAUGUAUUUUCAGGUAGAGAUACCUCAUGAAGUAACUGCUCUUUAUCCCUCUUGAUCGUGCAUUAUUCUGUGUCUUCUCCAUGUCUGCCCCUCACUAACCUAACCAGUGGAGGCUGGUGGGAGGAGCUAUAGGAGGAUGGGCUCAUUGUAAUGGCUGGAAUGGACUAAAUAGAAUGAUAUCAAACAUGGAAACCACGUUUGACUCCUUUCCAUUGAUUCCAUUCCAGCCAUUAAAAUUAGCCCGUCCUCCUAUAGCUCCUCCCACCAGCCUCCACUGAACCUAACCUAGCAGUCAGCAGACAGCCCUGAAUGUCGAGCCCUGCAAGUCUCUUUAGCUAAUCAACCCCUGUACACGUGUCAAAGAAAUCUCCACCUACUGGAGAAGACAGAUUUUGGGCCCGGUAAUCCCCCUUGCUUCACCUCUUCUUCUCUGGUGUGACUCACAAAUGUCAGUUAAUGACUGUAGCUCUCGCCUUCGGCCAACCAGUGUAAUUUUGUAAAUGACAUAUUUCUAUGGCAAGACGAAUCAUUCACCUACGUUUCGUCAGGUGAAUGAUGCGUCUCUUCUUCUCUGGUUGUGAUUCACAAAUGUCAGUUAAUGACUGUAGCUCUCGCCUUGGGCCAACCAGUGUAAUUUUGUAAAUGACAUAUUUCUAUGGCAAGACGCAUCAUUCACCUACGUUUCGUCAAGAUCGGGCCAGUGCUGUCUGAGAUAUUGCGUGUGACUAACGUAUGAUCCACAGUCCCCUCCCUGAUUUCAUGGUGGGGGACAAUAAGAGGAAACUAAAUAAUGGCUGUGUUUUCUCCCUACUGAACACACACCUGGUAUUCCUUUCCACCAUAAACAGGUUUCCACAGGCCCUUUCCACGGUACAGUAUUAUAUCACUAGCAGGGAUUCUGGGGGAAAAGAACAGCUGCAGCCCUACGGCUCACGAUCCCGCAAGUUGUUUUUAGAUCUAUGCAUACCUAAACCAUACAGCGCCUUCUGAAAGUAUUCACACCACUUUACUUUUCCCACAUUUUUGUUGUGUUACAGCCUGAAUUUAAAGUUGAUUAAAUAUAGAUUAUUUUCUGUAACUGGCAUACACACAAUACCCCAUAAUGCCAAAGUGGAAUUAUGUUUUUUUUUUUAAUUUUUACAAAUGAAAAGCUGAAACAUCUUGAGUCAAUAAGUAUUCAACCCCUUUGUUAUGGCAAGCCUGAAUAAGUUCAAGAGUAAACAUUUGCUUAACAAGUCACAUAAUAAGUUGCAUGGACUCUGUGUGCAAUAAUAGUGUUUAACAUUAUAUUUGAAUGACUACCUCAUCUCUGUAUCCUACACAUACAAUUAUCUGUAAGGUCCCUCAGUCUAGCAGUGAAUUUCAAACAUUGAUUCAACCACAAAGACCAGGGAGGUUUUCUAAUGCCUCACAAAGGACACCUAUUGGUAGAUGGGUAAAAAUAAGAAAAGCAGACAUUGAAUAUCCCUUUGAGCAUAUUGAAGUUAUUUAUUACACUUUGGAUGGUGUAUCAAUACACCAGUCACUACAAAGAUACAGGCGUCCUUCCUAACUCAGUUGCCGGAGAGGAAGGAAACUGCUCAGGGAUUUCAUCAUUCUUUUUAUUUAACCUUUAUUUAACCAGGUGGCGGUCUGUGUAUAUUUGUAAACGACAGCUGGUGCACGAAAUGUAAUACUAAGGAAGUCUCUAAGUUUUGCUAGCCUGAGGUAGAGUAUCUCAUGAUAAGCUGUAGACCACACUAUUUGCCAAGAGUUUUCUUCUAUAUUUUUCGUAGUUGUCUAUUUACCACCAUAAACCGAUGCUGGCACUAAGAUUGCACUCAAUGAGCUGUAUAAGGUCAUAAGCAAACAGGAAAAUGCUCAUCCAGAUGCAGCGCUCCUAGUGGCCGGGGACUUUAAUGCAGGGAAACUUACAUCCGUUCUUCCUAAUUUCUACCAGCAUGUUGAACGCGCAACCAGAGGGAAAAAAAACUCUAGACCACCUUUAAUCCACACACAGAGACGCGUACAAAGCUCUCCCUCGCCCUCCAUUUGGCAAAUCUGAUCACAAUUCUAUCCUCCUGAUUCCUGCUUAUAAGCAAACACUAAAGAAGGACGCACCAGUGACUCGGUUAAUAAGGAAGUGGUCAGAUGACGCAGAUACCUAAGCUACAGGACUGCGUUACUAGCACAUAUGUUCCGGGAUUCUUCCGAUGGCAUUGAGGAGUACACCACAUCAGUCACUGGCUUCAUCAAUAAGUGCAUCGAUGACGUCGUCCCCACAGUGGCCGUACGUACAUACCCCAACCAGAAGCCAUGGAUUACAAGCAACAUCCGCACUGAGCUAAAGGGUAGAGCUGCCGCUUUCAAGGAGCGGGACUCUAACCCGGACGCUUAUAAGAAAUCCUGCUAUGCCCUCCGACGAACCAUCAAACAGGCAGAGUCAAUACAGGACUAAGAUUGAAUCGUGCUCUGACGCUCGUCGGAUGUGGCAGGGCUUGCAAACUAUUACAGACUACAAAGGGAAGCACAGCCGUGAGCUGCCCAGUGACAUGAGCCUACCAGACGAGCUAAAUCACUUCUAUGCUCGCUUCGAAGCAAGCAACACUGAAGCAUGCAUGUGAGCAUCAGCUGUUCCGGAUGACUAUGUGAUCACGCUCUCCGUAGCCGAUGUGAGUAAGUCUUUUAAGCAGGUCAACAUUACCAGGACGUGUACUCCGAGCAUGCUCUGACUAACUGGCACGUGUCUUCACUGACAUUUUCAACAUGUCCCUGACUGCGUCUGUAAUAUCAACAUGUUUCAAGCAGACCACCAUAGUCCCUGUGCCCAAGAACACUAAGAUAACCUGCCUAAAUGACGACCAACCUGUAGCACUCACGUCUGUAGCCAUGAAGUGCUUUGAAAGGCUGGUCAUGGCUCACAUCAACAUCAUUAUCCCAGAAACCUUAGAUCCACUCCAAUUUCCAUAUCGCCCCAACAGAUCCACAGAUGAUGCAAUCUCUAUUGCACUCCACACUGCCCUUUCCCACCUGGACAAGUGGAAUACCUACAAGAGAAUGCUAUUCAUUAACUACAGCUCAGCGUUCAACACCAUCGUGCCCUCAAAGCUCAUCACUAAGCUAAGGACCCUGGGACUAAACGCCUCCCUCUGCAACUGGAUCCUGGACUUCCUGACGGGCCACCCCUAGAUGGUAAGGAUAGGUAACAACACAUCUGCCAUGCUGAUCCUCAACACGGGGGCCCCUCAGGGGUGCGUGCUCAGUCCCCUCCUCUACUCCCUGUUCACCCAUGACUGCAUGGCCAGGCAUGACUCCAACACCAUCAUUAAGUUUGCCAACGGCACAACAGUGGUAGGCCUGAUCACCGACAACGAUGAGACAGCCUAUGUGGAGGAGGUCAGAGACCUGGCCAUGUGGUGCCAGGAUAAGAACCUCUUCCUCAAUGUGAUCAAGACAAAGGAGAUGAUUGUGGACUACAGGGAAAAAAAAGAGGACUGAGCACGCCCCCAUUCUCAUCGACGGGGCUAUAGUGGAACAGGUUGAGAGCUUCAAGUUCCUUGGUGUCCACAUCACCAACAAACUAUCAUGGUCCAAACACACCAAGACAGUCGUGAAGAGGGCACGACAUUGCCUAUUCCCCCUCAGGAGACUGAAAAGAUUUGGCAUGGGUCCUCAGAACCUUAAAAAGUUCUACAGCUGCACCAUCGAGAACAUCCUGACUGGUUGCAUCACCGCCUGGUAUGGCAACUGUUCGGCCUCCGACCGCAAGGCACUACAGAGGGUAGUGCAUGCGGCCCAGUACAUCACUGGGGCCAAGCUUCCUGCCAUCCAGGACCUCUAUACCAGGCGGUGUCUAAGGAAGGCCCUAAACAUUUUCAAAGACUCCAGCCACCCUAGUCAUAGACUGUUCUCUCUGCUACCGCACGGCAAGCAGUACCGGAGUGCCAAGCCUAGGUCCAAAAGGCUUCUUAACAGCUUCUACCCCCAAGCCAUAAGCCAUUUGCAUUGUCCACCCCACCCAACCCCCUCUUUUACGCUGCUGCUACUCUGUUUAUUAUCUAUGAAUAGUCACUUUAACUCUACCCACAUGUACAUAUUACCUUGACUAACCGGGUAAAAGAGCACAUUGACUCAGUACCGGUACCCCCUGUAUAUAGCCUCUCUACUGUUAUUUUAUUUUACUGCUACUCUUAAAUUAUUUGUUGUUUUUAAUUUUUUACUUAACACUUUUUUUCUUAACUGCAUUGUUGGUUAAGGGCUUGUAAGUAAGCAUUUCACUGUAAGGUCUACACCUAUUUUUAUUCGGUGCAUGUGGCAAAUAAAAUUUGAUUUGAAUUCACCUUUCAGCAUGACAAUAACCUAAAACACAAGGCCUAAUCUACACUCGAGUUGCUUAGGGGUGUGAAUACUUAUGUAAAUGAGAUUUCUGUAUUUCAUUUUCAAUAAAUUUGCAAAAAUGUCUAAAAACAUGUUUUCACUUUGUCAUUAUAGGGUAUUGUGUGUAGAUGGGUGAGAAAAAAAACUUUGAUUUAAUCCAUUUUGAAUUCAGGCUGUAACGCAACAAAAUGUGGAAUAAGUCAAGGGGUAUGAAUAAUUUCUGAAGGCACUGUAUACAGUAUCUGUAGCAUAUAUCUAUAGCAUAUCAUACAGAUGUAGGACCCAGUAGGAGCAGUCCUCCAAAGGAAUGAGUGGAAUUCUACAGUAGUUCAAUUGAAAGGUUUCAAGGACAAAAUUACAUGUAUUUAUUAAUUUUUUUAAAUGUAUGUUGUUGUAGUGGGGACAGUAACAUUAGUUAGUAAUUAGUACUUUCUGAAAAUGAUACUUUAAGGAUUUAAAAAUAUAUAUAUUUCAUUUUUUAUUUGUGUUCAGGUCACAUAAUAUAAUUUUAAAAGUAUGCAUUAAUUGUGUCUGUAAUAGAAUAAACGUGUCAAAAACGAAACUAGACAUCAAUAAAUGCAUUUCUAUAGCUUCCUAAAUAUUUUUUACAAUUGUUGCAGUACCAAGAUGGCUGAGCGGUGGCUUCAACACAGCGCCCCCUGUCAGUCAUCCAGGGUUUAUACACGUCACUGGUUGCAACUAGGGGUGUAACGAUUCGUUUUAACAACGAUUCGAUUUGUAUCACGAUUCGUGGUUGUCGAUACGAUUCAAGGACGAUAUUGGUUCAUUUAGAACGAUACGAUCCGAAACGAUUCAGUGACUUGAAAUCGAUUCAGUAACCUUUUAGCCAAAAAUUCAACCAGUGUGACUGAAAUAAAUACCUGGUAACCAGUUGCAUUUUAAUGGCUGGCAAUAGUCUUGAUAUUUUUAACAGUGUUUCAUGCCUCCAUGCAGACCAUCUGGUAUUAUGAAACUUACCCAUACCUACGUUGACAGCAGCCCCGUCUGUGCACACAGCGACCAACUUUGUCCAGUCAUCCAAGCCUGUGUCCUGGAAAAGUCUCACAAGUCCGUCUGUUAUGGCCUGUGCGGUUCGGUCAGCACCCAAUUCAAUCAGUCCAAUAAAGUCCGAAGUAAACUCUCCGUUGCUGGACACAGACACAAUGUAAACUAUUUCCUGCUCAGUUUUUGUGAUGUCCUCAGAUCCAUCAAAAAGCAUUCAGUAAAGGAACAUCCUCAGAAUAGGAAGACAUGGGACGUACGUGUUUAGCUUUAUGGAAAGAGAAAAAUAUUAAACAGAGCUUGCCGCUGUUCUUCAUUCAGCUUGUCUGGCAAGUGGGCGACUGGACAUUUAUUCUCGGCUAGCUUUUAGCAAUGGCUUGCGCCACAUUCGUGUGCUCCUUGCUCUUUUCAUGUUUGUCAAAUAAAGGAUGGUUGAAAUUCUUUGAGCCUUUAUAAAAUGCACCUGUUUUGUCUGCUAGAUGUGGAUUUGAGCGGCAAAUCUUGCACCACAUUUCAGUGCGCUCAUCGUUAGCUUCAAGCCACUGCACAUCUUGGAGCCACUUUUCCGAAAAAAGUAUUUUCUUCGGCUCUGGCUCCAGUUGGCGUUUCUUUGUAGGUGGCGAAACGCCAAAGAAGCUGUAAUGUCUGUUGCUUUUUGGACAUCCCUGACAGUAGGUGACAAGAAACAUGACAUGUGUAAGGUUAGAUGAGAAGAUCGGUCAAAUACUCAAAGGCACGUAGUAACACGAGUAGCAUUACACAUUCCUGAUUUUUGUCGCGCUUGCGUAUCUGCGUACCAGUUAUGUGCACCCCUGCAUAUAAAGUCUGACGUGCUUAAAUCCAAUGGGUUAUUUCCUAGUAUCGAUACAAUCGAUUUAUUACAUUUUAAAACGAUGUUAGAUCGAUAUGUUGUCCAAAAGGCCAACUCGCCGAGCACAGAUCGAUGUAGUUGGAUCAUAUGAAUAUAAAUCGAUACAUCGAUGUAGUAGAUGGAUCGUUACACCCCUAGUUGCAACCUGUGGUUAUUUUUACUGCCGAACCCACAAGUCCUCCAAUUUAGGUAGUGUUAAAUACCUACAACCAGAAAUAAGGGUUACUGUACGUUCGUAUGUUAGCCACACGCGAUAUUUACAUUUUAGUCAUUUAGCAGACGCUCUUAUCCAGAGUGAGUGCAUACAUUUUUUUUCUUCAUACUGGCCCCCCAUGGGAAUCGAACCCACAACCCUGGCGUUGCAAACGCCAUGCUCUACCAACUGAGCUACAUCCCUGCCGGCCAUUCCCUCCCCUACCCUGGGCCAAUUGUGCGCCGCCCCAUGGGUCUCCCGGUCGCGGCCGGCUACGACAGAGCCUGGAUUCAAACCAGGAUCUCUAGUGGCACAGCUAGCACUGUGAUGCAGUGCCUUAGACCACUGCGCCACUCGGGAGGUAUAUCAGACACCACUGGCCCAAUUUUGACAAAACUUUGGUGAAGCUGUCAUCAAGGCAAAGGGUGGCUAUUUGAAGAAUCUCAAAUAUAAAAUAUAUUUUGAUUUGUUUAACACUUUUUUUUGGUUACUACAUGAUUCCAAAUGUGUUAUUUCAUAGUUUUGAUGUCUUCACUAUUAUUCUACAAUGUAGAAAAUAGUAAAAAUAAAGAAAAACCCUUGAAUGAGUAGGUGUGUCCAAACUUUUGAUACUGUAUAUCACCAGUAGUACAUUUACUGUUAAUUCCUAUAAUUUCUAAUCUACAAUGUUUGUUACUUUAGUUAGGCUAUGGUCAUUUAUUUUAAUACAUUCAAUAAUAUUAUUCCAGUCUUCCCAUUCUAAUUGUCGGAGUGGACACAUUAAUUGCAGAGUGCACAACCUGCUACACUUGUGAGAAACAAGUUUUGGCUUAUUUCAUUCCAUUUACGAGUUUUGUCAAUUUAUUCAUUGUCUUUUGUUUGGAGCGCUCCAGUCAAUAUUGAGUAAGGACACACACGCAUAGAAGCAGGCCUAUAGGCUACCUGGCCUACGCCCAAAUGUAGGCAUAUAAAUGUGCCCAUUUGGGGAUCUGAUAGUAUUUCUGAUUGGCUUAACGCACCACCGCGAAUUACUACUCAUAGUAAUGAUUUCUUCACCUCCAAACAGCAAGCAAACGAAGUGUGUUCUUACAUCCAUUGUGAAUUAUAAUAGUUCCUCAAUGUAUUUGAAAAAUCUUUUUAGCUCUCUCCCUUUCAAUAACCACUCAGCGUGACAGGGAAACAUGUCAUGCUCUGAUCUAGUGGAAACGUCAUAAAAUAGGCCUACCUGAUUACUUCUUAUCAGUGCUUGACCUGGACUGAAAUAGGUUCCGGUACUCAUUUUGGGUGCUGGUACUGUUUUAUUAUUUAAGUCAGGAGCUCCACAAUACUUUUGAGCUAAGAUUCUAUAAGCGGAACAGGAGCUCAAGCGGUAGAACAUUUUAGGUGCUGGUACUCAGCUCCGGUGAGCUCCUGCCCAAGUCAAGCACUGCUUAUUAUCCCUUGCGCAAAUAGCCUACAGCUGUGUCUGUCCCGAGCUCACUGGCGCUGAAAACUCUCAGGGCUCAGAAUAUUUUAUACAAUUUUUGUAUUUGUUGGCUUUAUGUAGGCUAUUUUUACAUAGUUGGCAAUAAAGUUACUUUUUAGGUUUGUAUAAUUUUCAUUUAGAUAGCAUUUUUAUUAAUCACAUGACAAUGUUUUGAUAUGAAGACGUUAUUAUAAAUUAAAUUAAACAGUUUAACGGAAAUUUGGAUAUGAAAAUCAUAACUGGCACGCAGAUCGGUAGAAAUGGUAAGAUAAAUUGGCAUUCCACAUGAGAAAGGUUGCCGACUCCUCGUGUAGCCUAUUACCGGCAACUUCAAGAGAGUAAUGGCAGAAUCUGCGAAAGCCAGCAGGAGCAGGAGGAGAAUAGUUGGGUCAGGUUUUCUUCUUCUGGUUAUCUAGAUCUCUGGCGCCCUCUUGAGGCUUUUGUCUUAUUUCAUCAAACCGUAAGCUUAAAGCAUCAGACAAGCUCAAUGCAUAUCGUUUAUUUUAUUAAAACACAUAGUGGGUGUUUAUAUAUGGAAAAAUACACAUUUAAAAAUUUCAACCAAUCAAAGAACAGACUAGUUUCGGUCGACCAAGAUUUUUUUGGGGUCGGGGACAGCCCUACUUAUCACUCUACAUACAGUUAAUGAAGACAACUUCUGAUAAUGCAUUGGACUGGUGGGACUGGAUUACAGUUGAUGUGCUUUGUUACAGUAUGUGUGUCUUUUACGCUGCCUACUUAACUAAAACUAAAGCCUUCUUUCAAUUAAGUACUGUUGACUCCUCACUCCUGAUAAAUGUAUGAACUGUUGUGAAUGAAUGAAUGGUUGCCAAAACACAGGACAAAAACCCAAACUAAGGCUGGUUUUCUAUCUUUCAGCCCUAUAUGCCCCUGCAGUGCCCGCCCCAGGCUCCAUGGCUCCCCCAGCUACCAUGUUUGGCAACGUACCAGGGUACGAGGGCACUUUGGCUGGCGGAGGAGGUAGGAGUCGUCGUCAUCAGAACCCUCUAAAGAUACUCAAUAUCAUCAUCAUCUUGGCUAUUUAUAAUGUCUAAGAUUCUUGAAAACAUUUGGGGUGUAAUUAUGAAUUUUCUUGUGAUGUCCGGCACGUUUUCAGUCUCGUAUUAUGAUGUUAUGUCUAUUGAAAGUUUAGAGAUGAGCAAAAUGUAAAAAAAAAUCAUACCUUAUGAAGUCAUCAAGUAGGAUCCCUGAGAUCAUUCAUACCAGGGGGAAAACAAUAUGAUUAAUCACAGAUCAAGAAGUAUCAGUAUGCUCCAGUUUCAUAUUCAUUGAUUAAGUAUGUAUGAACAACCUAAUGCCUUUGUGUCUCUAUAGGUGGAUAUCUCCCCCCACCGAUGCCCUUACACCCGACCCGGGAUCCAGAGCCUGCACCCGUACCACAAGACUGGAAGUAUGGACCCAUCAAUAACAUAACAUUACAUUACGACAUGGAUAUUAAGUUUAGAUUGAUGUUCCACACACGCGAGCACGCAAUCACGCACGCACGCACGCACGCAAUCACGCACGCACGCACCCGUCCACCCACACCCACACACACAGAGUAAUGGAUUGCUAUAUUCAUUGUUGAAUGUGGAGGUAAUGUAUUGUAUGCUAUUUGGCAGAAGCUUUUAUCCAAAGCGACUUACAGUAGGGUACAGUGAGUUCGUACAUGUGUGAUUCUUGCGGGAAUCUAACCCUGGGAUUUCUUGCACCACGGUGUAGAGUGAUAUUGGCCCUAGGUGCUUUGUGAUUUCCCUACUAGUGGUAAAGGUUAGGAUUGUGGGGAGGGGAAGCUGAUCCCGGAUCUGUACCUAGGGGAAACUUGACCCCGGAGCAUGCCAUAUACAGUGAGGGGAAAAAAGUAUUUGAUCCCCUGCUGAUUUUCUAUGUUUGCCCACUGACAAAGACAUGAUCAGUCUAUAAUUUUAAUGGUAGGUUUAUUUGAACAGUGAGAGACAGAAUAACAACAAAAAAAUCCAGAAAAACACACGUCAAAAAUGUUAGAAAUUGAUUUGCAUUUUAAUGAGGGAAAUAAGUAUUUGACCCCCUCUGCAAAACAUGACUUAUUACUUGGUGGCAAAACCCUUGUUGGCAAUCAAGGAGGUCAGACGUUUCUUGUAGUUGGCCACCAGGUUUGCACACAUCUCAGGAGGGAUUUUGUUCCACUCCUCUUUGCAGAUCUUCUCCAAGUCAUUAAGGUUUCGAGGCUGACGUUUGGCAACUCAAACCUUCAGCUCCCUUCACAGAUUUUCUAUGGGAUUAAGGUCUGGAGACUGGCUAGACCACUCCAGGACCUUAAUGUGCUUCUUCUUGAGCCACUCCUUUGUUUCCUUGGCCGUGUGUUUUGGGUCAUUGUCAUGCUGGAAUACCCAUCCACGACCCAUUUUCAAUGCCCUGGCUGAGGGAAGGAGGUUCUCACCCAAGAUUUGACGGUACAUGGCCCCGUCCAUCGUCCCUUUGAUGCGGUGAAGUUGUCCUGUCCCCAUAGCAGAAAAACACCCCCAAAGCAUAAUGUUUCCACCUCCAUGUUUGACGGUGGGGAUGGUGUCUUGGGGUCAUAGGCAGCAUUCCUCCUCCUCCAAACACAGCGAGUUGAGUUGAUGCCAAAGAGCUCGAUUUUGGUCUCAUCUGACCACAACACUUUCACCCAGUUCUCCUCUGAAUCAUUCAGAUGUUCAUUGGCAAACUUCAGACGGCCCUGUAUAUGUGCUUUCUUGAGCAGGGGGACCUUGCGGGCGCUGCAGGAUUUCAGUCCUUCACGGCGUAGUGUGUUACCAAUUGUUUUCUUGGUGACUAUGGUCCCAGCUGCCUUGAGAUCAUUGACAAGAUCCUCCCGUGUAGUUCUGGGCUGAUUCCUCACCGUUCUCAUGAUCAUUGCAACUCCACGAGGUGAGAUCUUGCAUGGAGCCCCAGGCAGAGGGAGAAGACAGUUCUUUUUUGUUUCUUCCAUUUGCGAAUAAUUGCACCAACUGUUGUCACCUUCUCACCAAGCUGCUUGGCGAUGGUCUUGUAGCCCAUUCCAGCCUUGUGUAGGUCUACAAUCUUGUCCCUGACAUCCUUGGAGAGCUCUUUGGUCUUGGCCAUGGUGGAGAGUUUGGAAUCUGAUUGAUUGAUUGCUUCUGUGGACAGGUGUCUUUUAUACAGGUAACAAGCUGAGAUUAGGAGCACUCCCUUUAAGAGUUUGCUCCUAAUCUCAGCUCGUUACCUGUAUAAAAGACACCUGGGAGCUAGAAAUCAUUCUGAUUGAGAGGGGGUCAAAUACUUAUUUCCCUCAUUAAAAUGCAAAUCAAUUUAUAUUUUUGACAUGCGUUUUUCUGGAUAUUUUGUUGUUGUUGUUCUGUCUCUCACUGUUCAAAUAAACCUACCAUAAAAAUUAUAGACUGAUCAUUUCUUUGUCAGUGGGCAAACGUACAAAAUCAGCAGGGGAUCAAAUACUUUUUACCCUCACUGUAGGACUAUCCUUGUGAAACCAGACAGAAUGCUAUGCUCUCGCUUCGUUUGUGAGAUCAUUCUGGUUUAACAAGGCUAACAUAAUUUUGGAACAAAAUUCUCUCAGGCCUGGCAGUGAAGUUUCCCAAAGGUACAGAUCUAGAAUCAGCUUCCGCCCUCUAAUCCUAACCUUGAACAUUAGUGGGGAAAAUGCUAAAAUGACCCAAGAUCAUUCUCUUAGACAAUGUUGAGUGUUUUGCUUUGUCGUCAUGGCCUACUAGUCUAGAUGAUCAUGUCCUUGUUCAUUGAUUGAAUCUAUAGAGGACAGGGCACCAUUAAGGGCUUUCUAGACACUGAAGUGGCAGUGGAUUGAUUUUCAAUAGAGCUGGGCGGGGGGGGCGGAAUUCUAUCCAGGCGGAUAUAAUUAUUGACCAGUACCUGAGGGCCCUACAACAUGAGGUCUUGUCUUGACUAACUUGACCAGUACCUCAGGGCCCUACAACAUGAGGUCUUGACUAACUUGACCAGUACCUCAGGGCCCUACAACAUGAGGUCUUGACUUGUCUUGACUAACUUGACCAGUACCUGAGGGCCUUACAACAUGAGGUCUUGUCUUGACUAACUUGACCAGUACCUCAGGGCCCUACAACAUGAGGUAUUGUCUUGACUAACUUGACCAGUACCUCAGGGCCCUACAACAUGAGGUCUUGUCUUGACUUAGUCUACUUGACUGAUUCUUAGUUUUUGCUGCUAGUGGAGCAAAUGGCUCAACAGUAGCCUGGUCCCAGAUAUGUUUGUGCUUUUGCUUACUCCAUUGUCAAACUGUUGUGCAUAGCAAUUCUAUAAGGAGUUGUCAAGAGAGCAGAAACAGGCACUCAGGCUAGAGCAAAGGGUCUCAACAAUGCAUUACCAGCGAACCCUGUUCUGAGGUGUCGUCUUGAUGUGGGUUAUUUUCUCUCACAUUGUCUAGCAUCCCCUCCCUCACUGAAGAUGUGGCGCGGGAGCGUUUUAUAAUGUACGCGUCUGGUUACUGCUGCUAUAGCAAUGCCCCUGCCAAGGAUGGAGUGAUCACUAACAUGCAGGCGUUUAACACCUAUCGGGUAACAGACGAAUCCCAUCUUCUCUCUUUUUUUUCUCAAAACAUGAAUGAUGGACAGUACAGUACAUGUGUUUAUUAUAAUGAUUUAAUUUGUUUGUUAGAAUUAAGUACAUAAUACAUUUAGAAACACAUUAAAUUGUAAUUUUGUGUUUAUUUUUCUUGCUUAAAGAGGACAAUAUGUCCGGUGGAGCUACUGGUAUGCUCUCAUAGCUCAACAACAACAACAACAACAACACAAUAAUAGGGAAAAUAAAAUGCUGCCUGGUUGUGCUUAUUGUGUUUUCACUGUCCACAGUACCGCCUGGAGACAUUCACGGAGUCCAGAUCUACAGAUUGGACCACCAAGCCUUAUGCAGGUAAACUACACUACCCAUAAUGCUCCCUACCAGUUCUUCGUUCAUCCCCAGACCUUGGUUCUUUCAGAUACUUUGAGAGCGUUUUGAUUGAGUUGCCUGGAGUGUCAGAUGGGCGGGGUUGGCACUUCUGGGACUAUGCUAUUGAUACCGUCGUGCCAGGCAAGCUCAGUCAAGUGCAGGGAAAACUAUUUGAAAGAAAAACGAUAUUAUUUGAACCCAGGUCUGCUUAUAGUCAUUACCAUCAGUCCUUAUAUUAUUUCACAUUCACAUUUACAUUUACGUAAUUUAGCAGACACUCUUAUCCAGAGCGACUUACAAAUUGGUGCAUUCACCUUCUAGCCAGUGGGAUAACCACUUUACAAUAUGUUUUUUUUUUUCUUUUUUCUUUGGGGUGGGGUAAGGGGGGGUAGAAGGAUUACUUUAUCCUAUCCCAGGUAUUCCUUAAAGAGGUGGGGUUUCAAGUGUCUCCGGAAGGUGGUGAGUGACUCCGCUGUCCUGGCAUCGUGAGGGAGCUUGUUCCACCAUUGGGGUGCCAGAGCAGCGAACAGUUUUGACUGGGCUGAGCGGGAACUGUGCUUCCGCAGAGGAAGGGGAGCCAGCAGGCCAGAGGUGGAUGAACGCAAUGCCCUCGUUUGUGUGUAGGGACUGAUCAGAGCCUGAAGGUACGGAGGUGCCGUUCCCCUCACAGCUCCGUAGGCAAGCACCAUGCUCUUGUAGCAGAUGCGAGCUUCAACUGGAAGCCAGUGGAGUGUGCGGCGGAGCGGGGUGACGUGAGAGAACUUGGGAAGGUUGAACACCAGACGGGCUGCGGCAUUCUGGAUGAGUUGUAGGGGUUUAACGGCACAGGCAGGGAGCCCAGCCAACAGCGAGUUGCAGUAAUCCAGACGGGAGAUGACAAGUGCCUGGAUUAGGACUUGUGCCGCUUUCUGUGUAAGGUAGGGUCAUACUCUGCAAAUGUUGUAGAGCAUGAAUCUGCAGGAUCGGGUCACCGCUUUGAUGUUAGCGGAGAACGACAGGGUGUUGUCCAGGGUCACGCCAAGGUUCUUUGCACUCUGGGAGGAGGACACAAUGGAGUUGUCAACCGUGAUGGCGAGAUCAUGGAGCGGGCAGUCCUUCCCCGGGAGGAAGAGCAGCUCCGUCUUGCCGAGUUUCAGCUUGAGGUGGUGAUCCGACAUCCACACUGAUAUGUCUGCCAGACAUGCAGAGAUGCGAUUCGCCACCGGGUUAUCAGAAGGGGGAAAGGAGAAAAUGUAUUGUGUGUCGUCUGCGUAGCAAUGAUAGCAGAGACCAUGUGAGGAUAUGACAGAGCCAAGUGACUUGGUGUAUAGAGAGAAUAGGAGAGGGCCUAGAACUGAGCCCUGGGGGACACCAGUGGUGAGAGCACGUGGUGCGGAGACAGAUUCUCGCCAUACCACCUGGUAGGAUCGACCUGUCAGGUAGGACGCAAUCCAAGAGUGAGCAGCGUCGGAGAUGCCCAACUCGGAGAGGGUGGAGAGGAGGAUCUGAUGAUUCACAGUAUCAAAGGCAGCAGAUAGGUCUAGAAGGAUAAGAGGAAAGGAGAGAGAGUUAGCUUUAGCAGUGCGGAGAGCCUCCGUGACACAGAGAAGAGCAGUCUCAGUUGAAUGACCAGUCUUGAAACCUGACUGGUUUGGAUCAAGAAGGUCAUUCUGAGAGAGAUAGCAGGAGAGUUGGCUAGAGACGGCACGCUCAAGAGUUUUGGAGAGAAAAGAAAGAAGGGAUACUGGUCUGUAGUUGUUGACAUCGGAGGGAUCGAGUGUUGUUUUUUUGAGGAGAGGUGCAACUCUCGCUCUCUUGAAGACGGAAGGGACAUAGCCAGCGGUCAAGGAUGAGUUGAUGAGCGGGGUGAGGUAAGGGAGAAGGUCUCCGGAAAUGGUCUGGAGAAGAGAGGAGGGGAUAGGGUCAAGCGGGCAGGUUGUUGGGCGGUCGGCCGUCACAAGUCGCAAGAUUUCAUCUGGAGAGAGAGGGGAGAAAGAAGUCAAAGCAUAGGGUAGGGCAGUGUGAGCAGGACCAGCAGUGUCAUUUGACUUAAUAAAUGAGGAUCGGAUGUCGUCAACCUUCUUUUCAAAAUGGUUGAUGAAGUAAUCCACAGAGAGGCAGGAGGGAGAGGGAGGAGAAGGUGGCAAAGAGCUUCCUAGGGUUAGAGGCAGAGGCUUGAAAUUUAGAGUGGUAGAAAGUGGCUUUAGCAGCAGAAACGGAGGAAGAGAAUGUAGAGAGGAGGGAGUGAAAAGAUGACAGGUCCGCAGGGAGUCUAGUUUUCCUCAAUUUCCGCUCGGCUGCCCGGAGCCCGGAGGGAGAAGGAUUUAGCAGAGGGAAGAGAUGAUAGGAUGGAAGAGGAGAGAGUAGCGGGGGAGAGAGAGAGUGAAGGUUGCGACGGCACAUUACCAUCUGAGUAAGGGCAGAGUGAGUAGUGUUGGAGGAGAGCGAGAGAGAAAUGGAUACAAAGUAGUGGUUGGAGACUUGGAGGGGAGUUGCAGUGAGAUUAGUAGAAGAACAGCAUCUAGUAAAGAUGAGGUCAAGCGUAUUGCCUGCCUUGUGAGUUGUGGGGGACGGUGAGAGGGUGAGGUCAAAAGAGGAAAGGAGUGGAAAGAAGGAGGCAGAGAGAAAUGAGUCAAAGGCAGAUGUAGAGAGGUUAAAGUCACCCAGAACUGUGAGGGGUGAGCCAUCCUCAGGAAAGGAACUUAUCAAGGGGUCAAGCUCAUUGAUGAACUCUCCAAGGGAACCUGAAGGGCGAUAAAUGAUAAGGAUGUUAAGCUUGAAUGGGCUAGUGACUGUGACAGCAUGGAAUUCAAAUGAGGAGAUAGACAGAUGGGUCAGGGGCUCCACGUGGGUCGUGCGCGCAGGGACCACCAGAUUAGAGUGGCAGCAGCCACGUGGUGUGAAGCGUUUGUAUGGCCUGUGCAGAGAGGAGAGAACAGGGAUAGACAGACACAUAGUUGACUGGCUACAGAAAAGGCUACAGUAAUGCAAAAGAGAUCGGAAUAAAUGUAACUAAACAUCUGGGGAAGCGAGAGAGCGGGGCCUCCCUCACUUACCUUUCACUGAAACACUCAAAUAUAACUCUCCCAACUUCCACUUUAGAAAUUAUAAUUGUUGUAAACUACAGCGGUUCAAUGUUUUCUAGGAAUAGACUCUAACUUAGUUUAUUCAGCUAGCUAACUUGGUACAGUACAGACUUCUGGAUCCAUAAGGACUCAUCAGUCCUUAUGGAUCCAUUCAGGAUCUCAUCAGUCCUUAUGGAUCCAUUCAGGAUCUCAUCAGUCCUUAUGGCUCUGACCAUAACUUGUGUUUCCUGUACCUGACAGGUGAACCAGCAGACUUCUACACGCAGACCGCCCCCCGGCCGUGGGAAAUCCCAGUGACGGCUCCCUCCCUGUUCCAAAACCAUGAGGAGAACAUAAAAGUCCCUUACACUUCAUCUAAGCAGGUGUUUGUCUGUCUGUUUGAAUCACAAAGGGUUGUUUUCUAUUGUCACUGUUGACAGAUGAUACUGUGGGUCAUUGUAUUCCAUGUGUGACUAUCAUUGGGCUCCCGAGUGGCGCAGCGGUCUAAGGCGCUGCAUCUCAGUGCUUUGAGGCGUCACCUAAAGACCCCCUGGUUCGAUUCCAGGCUGUAUCACAACCGGCCGUGAUUGGGAGUCCCAUAGGGGCGGCGCACAAUUAGCCCAGCGUCGUCCGGGUUUGGCCGGUGUAGGCCGUCAUUGUAAAUAAGAAUUUGUUCUUAACUGACUUGCCUACCUAAAUAAAGGUAAAAUAAAAUAAAAAUUGGCCAGGAAAGGACAGAUUAGUCAUACUCUAUUUUAGGACUAGAUCAACAAGUAAUCUACAAGAGAAGGUUUGAUGACACUGUCUCUGUUUGUGCAGCCCUGCCACACUUGCAGUGCCUCUGGGAAGAUGCCCUGCCUUGAGUGCAAUGGGUCUGGAACGGUAAGCACGUACACGCGCGCACACACACACACACACACACACACACACACCUCGUUACAAUUAUUCAUUGGUUCUUCAUUUAGAAAGUGUGUUGGGUCUGCAAUGGAUCUGGCAGUCGGGGAGCAGAGAGUCCCUGCACCCACUGCAAUCAAAGAGGACGUGAGAAGUAAGUCAGUCAUUCAUUUCAACAUAAUAAUACAAUGACAAAAUACUCAAAGACAAUCUGCCUCUUGAAGGUGUACAGGACAGACUUCUAUACAGACGUAUCUUAUUGACUUGAUGUUGUUUGUGUCUCUAGCUGCUCUAAGUGUAAUGGUAAAGGGAAUAAAGAAUGUGAGACCUGCAAGGGAAAGAAGCAGCUGUUGACCUACAUCAACCUUAAAGUCGAAUGGUGAGUCGUUGGGAAUUUUUUAUAAAAAUUAUAAACUCAUUAAGAGAUUUAUAAUAAAAGUACAUCUUUUUUUAAAGAAAUGUUUUUAUGAAAUUGUCAACUUUGAAAUAUGUUGUUACUAAAAUUGUAAACUUAGUAAGAUAUUUUUAGUAAAAUGUUAAACUUAUGAAGAUUAUAUUUUUUUAAAUAAUUUUGUUUUUACAUUUUUGUACUUAUUAAGAGGUUUAUAGUAAACAUUUAAACUUAUUAAGAUUUUUUAUAAAAUUGUAAACUUAAGAUAAUUGUUGUAAAUAUUUUAAACUUAAAUUAAGAUAUUUUUAGUAUAGUUAUAUACUAAGAGAUUACAUUUAGAGACACUGAACAGAAAUCAUUGAAUAUACAAAGUUGAUUGUACUGCAACGCGAUAUGAACAGUUCCUAAUUUGGAUUCACAAUUGAUCGGUUUUUGUUUUUUAAUUUAAGUCGAAUGGUGAGUUGUUAUGAGGUACACAUGUUUUUGUAAAUUAUAUAUUCUUAUUACGAGAUGAUGGUUUGGAAAGGCUGAAAUGAUCAUAAAAUGUGGUAAACAAAUGGUGUACCACUGCUUUAUUAUUUCAGGGAGGACUAUGUUGUUAUUCAAGAAAGGAUAAUGUUGAGGCUUGUUGUUAUUUCAGGAAGGACAAUGUUGAAGACUAUGUUGUGGAGCAGAACAGUGGGCUGGAGGUUGACAAUCUGAGCGACGUGACGGGAAAGACGCUCUUCAAAAACGCCCAGUACAUGGUAAGGAAGGAACGCAACAUGUUCUGCAGUCGAUCCAGACUGAGGUGUAUUCAUUAGUGAACACUGUAGCAAAAAAAAAAAAAACGCUUUGCAAUGUAAAAUGUUUUGCAACAAAAACAAAACAUUUCUUAUUGGACAAGUUCAGUCCCUGCUUUACAAGGUUAGUCCCUCCUGGAAACAAUUUAACCAUUCUCUUUGCUCCCCUGCUUAACUACAACUUCUGUUUUAAGAACUAAACAGAACUCGACAGCUUUUACACUCGUGACAGAGUGUUUAGAGUAAACGGUUUUUAUUUCCAAAACAUUUUGCUACGGUGCAAAACGUUUGCCCUUUGUUAGGUUCCCCUUGUAAAACUAUGCAACACAUGAUGUGACAUGUGAGUGUGACAUUUUUGUCUUUUUUUUUCUAUUGGUUAAAAAAUCAUUUUAUGGUUUCUGACAUAUUACUGUAAUGCUGUGUGUGUGUGUGUGUGUGUGUGUGUGUGUGUGUGUGUGUGUGUGUGUGUGUGUGUGUGUGUGUGUGUGUGUGUGUGUGUGUGUGUGUGUGUGUGUGUGUGUGUGUGUGUGUGUGUGUGUGUGUGUGUGUGUGUGUGUGUGUGUGUGUGUGUGUGUGUGUGUGUGUGUGUGUGUGUGUGUGUGUGUGUGUGUGUGUGUGUGUGUGUGUGUGGCACCAUCACAAUCCUCUGUUCAUCAGCUGUAUCCAGUGCAUGGCUUUCCAGAUCCAACCGUAUCCCAGGCUUCAGACCGUUUGGUUAGAGAACACCAGGCUAAAUACUCCCAGAACUCACGCAUCCUUCAACAGGUACAAUAUUCGUUACGGCAGUGGUUUUUCAAACCCUCUCCUCUGGGACCCGCAGCCUUUCCAUGGAUUUUGAACUAUUCCAAAGCUAGCACACCUAAUUCAACUUGUAAACUAAUUAUCGAGCUCUUGACUAGGUGAAUCAAGUGAGCUAGUUCAUGACUACAACUGAGGAGUGGUUUGAGAACCACUGUGUUACAUUAACGGGUACAGAAAGAUUAAACAAGCGGAAGUUAUGAUAUUUGUACACGGGAUAUGACAACAUCUGUUAGCCCUAUAUUUCUUGACUUAAACCCUUUUGGGGGCGGUUUUCCGGACACUGAUAAAGCCUAGUCCUGGACAUUAAAAGCAAACUCGAUGGAGAAUCUCCAUUUAAAAUGCGUUUUAAUCCCGGAUUAGGUUACAUUUGUGUGCAGGAAACCAGGAAGCCGCCCCUUUGAGCCUCGUGCUGCUUAUUGAUGAUCACCUGACUAUCAACCAAUAGGAUCAAUGGUCUUGCUCUUCUGUUUCAGCAACAAACCAUCGAGUUGAUCCCCAUCACCAAGGUGACCUACAAGUGGAAGGGAGGCACCCAUGUUUACUAUAUCUAUGGGAACGAACACCAGGUCAAAGUUCCUAAUUACCCUGCCACCUGCUGCUGCUCCAUUAUGUAACCAGUCAGUCAGCCAGCCAGCCAGUCACUUAACCAUACCCUUUUUGGUGGAUGUGUCACCAGGCCAGCCCAGUACAGCUUGCCUUGACUCGGCUUAGUUC